CCAACCAUCGACCUCCCACGGCACUCGUCAUAUAAUCACUACUCCGAUCGAGUAGUGUGUUUCUGCAGGGAAGUGAGUUACUGUACGCACACACGCGCACACACACACACACACACACACACACACACACACACACACACACACACACACACACACACACACACACACACACACACACACACACACACACACACAGGGACAAUGGAUCGGAGGAGGAUCAGGGUGCUCCUGGUGGAGGACGAGGAGAUCCACAGGGUUGUGGCGAGAGCGGUGCUGAGGGCGGCCGGCGUGGAGGCGGACGAGGCGGAGAACGGCGCCGAGGCUGUGCGGCGCGUGCGGGAGCGCGUCGGAGGCGCCGGCGCCGGCGCGUACGACCUCAUCCUCACGGACAAGCAGAUGCCGAUCAUGGACGGCCACGAGGCGACGAGGCAGAUCCGGGCCAUGGGGGUGACCACGACCAUCGUCGCCGUGUCGAGCGACAGCCUCCCGUCGGACGUCCAGGCCUUCAUCGCCGCCGGCGCCGACGACUUCACGCCCAAGCCGCUGACCAAGGAGAAGCUGAGCCACAUUCUCUCCAAGUUCGGGCUUGCGUAGCGGCCAUUAGUCAGUACAGUAGAAUCUACUUAGCUUGGUUCAGGACUUCAUGGUUCUCCACUUCUCCUUCUUCCGGUACAUGGAUUCGUGCUAUUUAUGUCCUUUUUUGCUUCGCUCAUGUAAAUAUAGUGUAUGGAUUAUCAGUGAUGAAUGGAUUAGUGCUAUUAUUUCCUCCUUGUUUGCUCAUGUAAAUAUAGUGUAUGGGUUAUUAGUGAAUUGAUUAACUCAAUGCUAUUACUUCCUCCUUGCUUCGCUCAUGUAAAUAUAGUGUAUGGAUUAUUAGUGAAUGGAUUAACUUAAUGCUAUUACUUCCUCCUUGCUUCGCCCAUGUAAAUGUAGUGUAUGGAUAUUAGUGAAUGACAUAUUGAUUGUACUCCGGGAGAUAAUCGUUUGGACUUGUAAAAUCGCAAGCCUGGUAUGUGGUGGUCCUUUUCUUCUUUCGAUGUUAAGAUAUGGUGGGCUUAUUGGUUGGUCUA